CAAUGCGUUGCAAAGUCUUGGAGAGGCACUAUUGCAAAUCGCCAGUAUUGCGAAAUUUUCAUCCUUAAUUCAAUCAAAUGAAAAAAAAUGGCUCCUGUUCUUGAAACUAAGGGACUGCGGUAAUGUUUCAGUAGAAUUGCCAUUCCUAUCCUCAUCAAGUAGCUCUCGUCCACUGUUCCGUACUCAGUACCCAAUUGGUGUCCGAGAGAAUCGUGGAAAUCGAAAAUGAGCUGUCACUUUGCGGCAACACGGCAAAGUGACUAAUGCACACGCGUGCAGAGUUAAGUGGAUGACUGUGGAAAUCAGGCGUCCUGUAGUUCGCCUUACCGCGGUGGGGAUGUCGGCCGCGAUAGUUGUCGCUCGUACAGUAUUCAUCAUCUUCGACGCAAUCACCACCCUCGCCGCUAACGUCAUCAGCAUUGUUAUUACAUGGAAGACCCUGGAGUUCGCCGAGAUGACCAAGAUUUUCGCCACCUCACUUGCCCUGGCUGACCUGUGCGUGGGCGUCCUGGUCUCGUUCUCCGUGGUGCCUUCUGCCGUGGGCCGGUGGCUGUACGGGGACGUCAUGUGCCGGAUCAUCGGUGUGAUGGGGACCUCUUUCGCUAUGAUAUCAGUGCUGAGCCUGCUGUGCGUCAGCGCCGACCGGUACACGGCCGUCACCAGGCCUCUCCGGUACUACGGCCUGGUGACGCGCCGGCGGGCCGCAGUCGCCUUGGCGGUGGCUUGGCUGAGCACCAUCGGAGCCAACACCUAUUUGGCCGUCAAGAGCAACUUCAUCAUCUACGAUGAGGUGUUGUGCAUCUGCCUGCCCGAGUGGGGGAACCAAGAGAUCCUGCCCUAUCUAGUAACGGUCUGCGCGAUCUGGAUCGCGGUACCGUCCGUAGUGACUGUCUCGAUCUACGUGCAGCUGUUCCGCAUCAGUCGGCGGCACGCCCGUCAGAUCGCCGCCCAGGCCGCCCCGGCCAUCCAGGGUCCGCGCUCCGCUGACAUGCGCGCCAUUCGGACCAUGUUUGUGGUCACCGGCGCCUUCAACCUGGCCUAUAUGCCGUUCCUUUUCUGCAACAUCUACCUUAACAUCAGCAACGACGAUCUCCCCGGCGCGCUCAAGUUCACAAGCAUGUGGCUUGCACUGUCCAACAGCUGGUGGAACUUCUUCAUCUACCUGGCAACGUCGAAGAAUUUCAGGAAGACGGCUUUUAAACUUCUCUGCCUCAAAUGCCCUUGCGUGCUCACAGCCAGAAAUCCGAAUGGCGCCGCCCUUGGCCACGCUAAUGCUAUCGUCCAUACGUAAAUCAGUAACAUUAGAAACUGCACUGAACGCGAUAUAAAUGUUAAAAUAUACUUCAUAUUCUUGAUCGCUCCGAGUGGCGACAUGUUUUCAUACAGUCGUACCGCCCGUGGCAUUAUGAAUGAUAGAAAACGAAUGACAGACCGAACACAAUUGCAGUAGGAGUAGGGCCUACUCUGAACUUAAACGAUUUCAGUCGGCAGGAGUCCUUAAACCAGCCGAAUUUGGCAUCAACCUGGUUAUAUAAAUUAACAUCUCCCCAACGCAAAAAUACAUCUUGAAAAUUAUUGAUGUUCGUAAACUUCAGUGGUUUGCAUUCCUCCCACACGUUAAGCAUGCCGGCCUUGGACCACUUACAUUAAC